CGGGCCGAGCUCCUGCCGCCGCUCCGCCGCCCGCCGCUGCCGGACCAUGUUUGAGGGCUGCCUCCUGCCGCUCGUGGUUCCCUGCCUGCUGCUCUGCGGGCUGGGCCCCGGCACAGCUGGCGGAGCGGAGCUGGAAGUGGUGAUCCCGGAGCGAGUGGCGCUGGAGAAGAUCCACCUGCUGCCGCCCGCCGGGCGAGGGGAUCGCGGCGGCCCCCGGCGCCGCCGGGCACUGCCGCGGCCGGCGGCCGAGGCCCUGCUGCUCCGCCUGCCCACCGCCGGCGCCGAGCUCUACCUGCACCUCCGCCGCGACCUGAGCUUCCUCGCCGGGGACUUCGUGGUGGAGCAGCGGCGCGGGGAGGAGCGGCGGCCUCCGGACGAGCGGCUCUGCUUCUACACGGGACGCGUCCUGAACCGCACCGACUCCUUCGCCUCCCUCAGCACCUGCGCCGGGCUGGUUGGCUAUAUCCAAAUUGGAUCAGAGCACAUGCUGAUACAACCAGUGAAUACAUCAGAGACCUCAUUUAGUGGGAAAGAACACUUCAUCAGGCGCAGACGAUCCACCAAGUCAAGCCACCCCAUGAAGUCACACGCUGCUGAUGAACACUGCAAGGUUGUAGCAGAAAAGAAGAGACAAAAGAAGAUGAAAUCAACCAGUGACUGGAGGGAGAGAAGAAAUGCCAUUCGACUCACCAACGAGUACACAGUAGAAACCCUGGUGGUGGCAGAUGCUGAUAUGGUCCAAUACCAUGGUGCAGAGGCUGCCCAGAGAUUCAUCCUCACAGUUAUGAAUAUGGUAUACAACAUGUUUCAACAUCAAAGUCUUGGAAUUAAAGUCAGCAUUCGAGUGACCAAACUAGUGCUGCUUCGUAACCGUCCUGCAAAGUUGUCCAUUGGUCAUCAUGGAGAGAGGUCUCUGGAGAGCUUUUGUCAAUGGCAAAAUGAAGAAUAUGGUGGGGCAAAAUACCUUGGUAACAACCAGGUUCCUGGUGCAAGGGACGACACCCCUCCCGUGGAUGCUGCUGUGUUUGUAACCAGGACAGAUUUCUGCGUACACAAAGACGAGCCUUGUGACACCGUGGGAAUUGCAUACCUAGGAGGUGUCUGCAGUGCCAAGAGAAAGUGCGUUCUUGCUGAAGACAACGGUCUCAAUCUGGCUUUUACAAUUGCACAUGAACUUGGGCACAACAUGGGAAUGAGCCAUGAUGAUGAUCACCAGCCCUGCGCAGGGAGGUCCCACAUUAUGUCUGGAGAAUGGGUGAAGGGCAGGAACCCAAGCGAUCUUUCCUGGUCUUCAUGCAGCCGCGAUGACCUCGAAAACUUCCUAAAGUCCAAGGUGAGCACCUGCCUGCUGGUGACAGACCCCCGCAGCCGGUACGCAGUACGGCUCCCUCACAAGCUGCCAGGGAUGCACUACAGUGCUGAUGAACAGUGCCAGAUACUGUUUGGGACCAAUGCUACAUUCUGUAAGAAUAUGGAGCAUUUGAUGUGUGCUGGGCUCUGGUGCCUGGUGGAAGGAGAUACAUCCUGUAAAACAAAGUUGGACCCCCCUCUGGAUGGCACAGAAUGUGGUGCAGACAAGUGGUGCCGAGCUGGGGAAUGUGUCAGCAAAACUCCCAUCCCUGAGCAUGUUGAUGGAGACUGGAGCAUGUGGAGUCAGUGGAGCAUGUGCAGCCGGACCUGUGGCACAGGAGUGCGGUUCAGACAGCGGAAAUGCGACAAUCCCCCCCCAGGGCCAGGAGGGAAGAACUGCCGGGGAGCCAGCGUGGAGCACACUGUGUGUGAGAACUUACCCUGCCCUAAGGGUGUGCCAAGCUUCAGGGACCAACAGUGCCAGGCCCAUGACAGAUACACCAACAAGAAGAAAAGUCUCCUGACAGCUGUCAUUGUUGAUGAUAAGCCAUGUGAGCUCUUCUGCUCUCCCUUGGGGAAGGAUUCCCCUGUGCUGGUGACAGACAGAGUCCUCGAUGGUACUCCAUGUGGGCCGUACGAGACUGACCUCUGUGUACAUGGCAAGUGCCAGAAAAUUGGCUGCGAUGGAAUCAUUGGCUCAGCUGCCAAAGAGGAUCGCUGUGGAAUCUGCAGUGGUGAUGGCAAAACCUGUAAAGUGGUGAAAGGCGACUUCAACCACACCAAGGGGAUGGUAACCAAUAGUCAUUGUAAGAAGGUUUCCACAUGUGUGAUGGCAAAGGCAAAGGCUGUUCCCAAGUGUUUCUCGUGUUACAUCGAAGCAGCUGUGAUCCCUGCAGGUGCCCGGCGGAUCAGAGUGGUUGAGGAUAAACCUGCUCACAGCUUUCUGGCUUUAAAAGAUUCCAGUAAGAGAUCCAUUAACAGCGACUGGAAAAUUGAGCUUCCUGGUGAGUUUCAGAUCGCAGGCACUACUGUCCGGUACGUGCGAAGGGGUCUGUGGGAGAAAAUCUCUGCCAAAGGACCAACUAAAAUACCACUGCACUUGAUGGUGCUGUUAUUUCAUGACCAGAAUUAUGGAAUUCAUUACGAAUACACCAUUCCUGUAAACUAUACUGCUGAAAACAGAAGCGAGCCAGAAAAGCAACAGGAUUCCUUGUACAUCUGGACACACAGUGGAUGGGAAGGAUGCAGUGUGCAGUGUGGAGGAGGUGAAAGGAAAACCAUUGUAUCCUGUACUCGAAUCAUUAACAAGACCAUGACACUUGUGAAUGACAGUGAUUGCCAGCGAGUGAAUCGCCCCGAGCCCCAGGUCAGGAAAUGUAACACACACCCCUGCCAGUCACGGUGGGUGACUGGCCAUUGGAGUCCCUGCUCUGCUACUUGUGAGAAAGGUGUCCAGCACCGGGAAGUGACUUGUGUUUAUCAGCUGCAAAACGGCACCUACGUUAACACAAGAGACCUCUACUGCCUUGGCAAUAAACCAACAACAGUACAAAGCUGUGAAGGUCGAGACUGCCUUUCUAUCUGGGAAGCAUCAGAAUGGUCAAAGUGCUCAGCAGAUUGUGGCAAGGGGAUUCAGAAGAGAACAGUGACGUGCACAAAUUCUCAAGGAAAAUGUGAUGCAGCCACCAGGCCAAGAGAUGAGGAAGAGUGUGAGGAUCACACAGGCUGUUACGAAUGGAAAACAGGCGAUUGGUCUAAGUGCUCCUCAACCUGUGGGAAAGGCCUCCAGUCACGCGUGGUCCAGUGUAUGCACAAAGUCACCGGGCGCCAUGGCAGCGAGUGUCCUGUCCUGUCCAAGCCAGCAGCCUACAGGCAGUGCCACCAAGAGGUCUGCAACGAGAAGAUAAAUGUCAACACCAUUACCUCGCCAAGACUUGCUGCUCUCACGUACAAGUGCACAGGCGACCAGUGGACAGUGUACUGCAGGGUGAUCCGGGAGAAGAACCUGUGCCAGGACAUGCGGUGGUAUCAGCGCUGUUGCCAGACUUGCAGAGACUUUUAUGCAAACAAGAUGCAGCAGAAGAGUUAAUGAACCUGUGCUACUUCUUAGAGCAUUACAGCUAUUUGUAUGUAAAUCACGGACUAGUAGGUCUGAGUACUGGAACUUCAUGAGUUGCUACAAUGUGGUGGAUUCCAAAGCAUACCUAAUGAGACUUGAAACUAAUUCUACAGACUGGAUACCAAAGUAAUCCAUUCAUCCACCUUAAAAACAAACAAACAGAAAGAGUCAUCUCAAGGAGCCAAUCCUUUUAUGGUAUUUUGACAUCCUUACAUUUUUCAUUAAUGCUUCUUACUUUAAUAUAUUAAAUCACCAGCCACUGGAUGGCUUGCUACCAUUAAAGAAAAGGACAAGAGUUGCAAAGUGAUUACAUUGACUAAGGUUAUGGGUACCCCCAUGGAGGAAGGCCUCUGGCAAAAUAAUUCAGCAAAGGUAGAGACAUUACUUAAUCUUUUAAUCUUGGCUUUCAUCUGAUGCUUUCAGUUCCCAACAGUCAUCCCACUGUGGAGUGAGCUUGGAGGGACACAUGUAAAUGAAAGGCUUAAUUUAAAGAGAGGAUUUGCUGUAAAAGCUUGUGAAAACUGAUAGCAGAGGAUGAACAUCUCUGAAAUUCCUGCAGAAAACUCAGUACCAUUAUAUCCAACAUUCCAAUUCAUGUAUUUUAGAGAAGCUGAUCAGGACUGCUCUUCUUUAUCAGUUUGAAAAACAAUCCUCUCUCUCUUUUCCCCAUAAUAUUACGGUUUCUUUUAUGAAACCUACUUGUUCUCUGACAUUUAUGAAAUGGAAGCUUAUUAACAGCUGCAGAUAGUUAUUUUUAAACAGGAACUGUUUACGUGAGAUGAGAGAAGCAAGAAAUCAUUUCCUCAGGUAGAGCUCACUGAAGGUUUUCUUGGUCUAAUCUCUCUCUAGUUUUCAGAAGUCAGUCGGAUAAUGAGGCUGAAUGCUGUUUGUUAAGAGGACCAUGAAACUGGAUAGGGUUGGUACAAAAACAGGAUUUGGAGCAAACUGUGUGUGAAGAAACACAAACAGCAGAACAAGUGUUUCUUAUCUCGGCUCUUGUAUACAUCUGAGGUUGUGUAGCCUUUUGAGUCAAAAGGAGUCAGGGAUACAAGACAUUCAAAGUGUAAUCUUAAGCUUGUUGAAGCCAUAAAGCCAAGACUUCCAUUGCCUUCAGUAAGGGUUAGAAGGUUAGGAUUGUACUCACUGUAUUUUAAUGCUUCCUGUCUUUGGUGGUGCUAUCAGGUUUGGUGCUAUCAGAUUGGUGCUAUCAGAGCACUUAGCAAGUGCUGCAUAUACAAUGCUCUCUUCCAUGUCUCUGCACUUUAAACCAAACUCCUUUCUGACAUAUGAGACUUGAAACAGGAGCUCUGCCCAGGGCAGUUUGUCCCCUCCAUUAGUCAUAAAGACCAAUGUCUCCCUAUCAUACCUUGCUCCAGCAUGUAUCAUUUCCCUUGCCAGGGUCCAAGGCCAGUUGUGCAAUGGUGGUUAAGUUACAGCCCACUCUUCAGGAUACAAACAGCAGUUUGGAUGAAUUGCAGCUUUGUACUCGCUCUAGAACUGCCUGUUACUGUUUUCUCUUUGGAGAUGAGUGCAGAACUAAGCCCAGCCACUACCCGCAGCCCUGGGCCAGUCUGGAUUGCAGCUCUCACUUAUCCUCAAGUUGUCUUUGUUGCUGUUGUCUCUUUUUUCAAUGCAAGAAGGGAUAAAGACCUUCAGUACCUAACAUAUCUUUAAAGCAACUUUUUCUUCCUUAUUACAGUCCUUCCAACAUCCAGGACCUCACUGGAUUAACUCAUUAGCAUUUGAUUAAAGGCUAAGUUUUUCAAGCACAUGAAUUUAAUAUUCAUUAACAGACUAAUAGUUUGUGGGCUUCACAUUAGCAUCUGUGCUUACGAGUGCAAAUAAUUGUGCGUGCAUACCAGGGUUGGCCUGUAUGCACAGAGGCACAUUUGCACAUAGUUUUUUCUCAAGUGCCUGUCUCAAACAGAUCUGCUUUCCAAUGCCCCAGAUGAUUUUCUCUAUCAGGGAAAUGAUUCAAACUUGUUUUUUUUGUUAUACUGAAUGGCAUCUUAUAAUCAGGAUCAGACCUCCUCCUUCUGUUAGUUCCACCCUUUAGCCCAAGUGCAGAGAUUGUGUAACUACUUAGCAAGUAAUCAAUAGAAGAUGUUACUAGCAGGGGUCACCUGGAAGAUUUAGGCAAUACCACAGUGAUUUUCAUUUAGGCAAAUUAAUAGGUAGAUGAACUGCUAAAGAAGAAGUUCCAAGAGACCAGACAGAGCCCAAAGGACCUGAUUUAUACUGGUAAUUCACAGCUGUAGUUUUCCCCCUUGCAGGCUGUCAUACCCUGCAGUGACACUGUCCCUAGUGCCUCACCACCACCACAGCCACAUCACAGCAGUUUGGCUGAGAUUGGUCCCCCUGACAUCCUUCAUUUGGAGUUGCCUACUUGCCACUGUCCAGAAGAGGCCACUAGGCUAAUUAGACAUGUGGCCUGUCCCAGUAUGCUUAGUUCCUGGACUUCAAAGGGCAUUUGGGUCCAAGUUCUUGGUCUUACCUAAGGAAACAUGAAUUUAUAAGGAAUUCUUUCAAAUGUCUGAGCACUGAAAAAAAACCACCUCUCUUGCUCUCACAGCCCAUAGAUUAGUGUGCAUUGACCUUUAGGGUUUUUAUUAUCAGAAACCAUCUUUAAUUAAACACUGAUGGCACAACACAGCUCCAUGUUAUUGCGUUCAUAUGGUGACAAUCUUCCCACUUUGUAAUAGCCAGAAAAUUAAUAAUAAGAAAAAAAUUCAGUUCUGUUCAAUACUCCUGCACUUCUGUUUUGUAUCAUUUUAUAAGAGGUUUAAUAUGAAUUUACAGCUAUGCUCUGCCCUCAGUUACUACAUACUGGUGAAAAGAAAGCUGUUUGUUUCAGUGUAUCUAUGACAAUACUUCUUUUAGUUGUUCAUAAGAGAUUGAUGCUCUUUUGAUUACAGUGGUGGUAUUUCCAUAUUGUAAACAAUACUCUGUACUGUUACUAAAGUACUGUACAUUUCUAGUUGCACAAUUGUGUUAUUGAGUGUAGAUUCUCACUAGCUCAUGUAUGGUGCUAUUUUUUGUUGGUGGAAAAGAAUCUUAGCAGUCGGUUAUUGCUUGAUAUUUUAUUAUAAUACAGGGAUAUAUUCUCCAUGGCAAUAAUAUCAUUUAAGUUUUUCAUUACAGAGUGAAAUGUAUAUAUUUUUCCAUUAGCUAAUUUGCAUAUGUACUGUAUCCAUGGUAAUUUUCUUUUUGGUGCUGGUUAUAAAUAGAAAAGAUAAAAACAGUCCAACUGAAUGGAACCAGUUGUAAGCGAAAACCAAGGGGAAAAAAAAAAAGAGAAGAGGCUCAUUCCAUUUUGGAAAAGAAAAUUGAGUAUGUUGAAUAAUAAAUUUAUUUUUUCCAUAACAACUUUAAUCAGGUUUCUGAACUUGAAAAAAAUAUGAAGCAAACCAAACAGCUAGCAUGAAAAUCAAGAGAAAGGAGUGAUGCUGUAAGUAGUACAUUAUGCAUCCGUCUAAUGCUGGGCUGAGACUGGGAUUCGGUUAAGUCCAACUGUUUGAUAGCUGUGGUAGCUGUAAAAAGGUCAUUUGUCAGUAGAGUUCUGGCAUCUCGGAGUUCUCAGUGCACUAACAAAUCAAGGAAUGAUGGGUCUUGUCCCGGCUGGGUUGCAGAGUAAAGCACAGGGAAUGUUAAUACCUGAUGAAUGCCUUGUGAGGUCUGUGGUCAGUGAGGCAACAGCAGAAGCUCCCUGUCUGGAAACAGUGAACCAGGCUCCAUUUGGGGCAUCACUAUGGAAGCCUGCUAGCUGUGGGGAAGCUAAGCUUAUGCAUGAGGGGAGGGAUAUUUUGUGAGUGCUUUACAGGAAGGUUGCUUUCAAUGUAUGCUGGAGCUGAGGUGAAAUGGCAGCUUGCUCUGUGUUUAAUGGUAGUGGGUCCAUGCGCAACCUGAUAAUGAAGACUGCUGAGUAUGUGGAAAUUUAUAUUGGAGCAAAACUAUUCCAUCCAUUGGAAAGGUAUCUACAUAACCUAGCUGCACACUUCCCUGGUGUGAAAUAAACGGAAUUACUUCA